AUGGACAAAACAGCAGUUGCCAACUGGCUUGCACUGGCUGUUUUUGUGGUGAACGGCUUUAUGUUGAUCACUUAUGCUGUCUUACCUGUUAAAUAUACACAUCGCCAUUAUUUGAGCAUCUGUCUGAUUGUUGCAAUUAUGCUAAUGGAGCUCUCCUUUAUAAUUCCACUCGGCGCCCAACCGCAACAGUGCUACAAUGCGAUUACCCCCAACGAUAUGAAAUCAGACAUAACGUGUGCCUUUACCAGUGCCCUGAUUUUGGGCGGCGGCUGGUCGGUGAUCUUAUGGAGUUUUUGCCGUACCCUAUCCCUCCAUCUACAGAUUUGCUGGGAUGUUGUACCUGGCCAGAAAUUUUUCAUUGCAACAAUGGCGUUUGGAUGGGGUAUCCCGAUCGCAGGUGUUACAGUCGCAUUAGCGGUUACCGGAAGCUCUUAUCGCUUUGGAAGCAUAUGUCACAUCAACCACGACAAAGGGCUUUAUGAUUUCUGGGGCCCGUUAAUGGCCUUCGCUGCCGCUACUCUGAUAAUCCAUCUGGGUACUCUAGGCUACUGCAUACAAGUUUACGUCAAGUCCAUGCUGGACAACAAUCCCACGACAGAUAAUAGUUCCACUUUGCCCUCCUAUACGGGGAGUGUACGAACUCUUUCAGCCCGUCAAACCUACCGCCGCGUCAGAAGAGUCUUGCAACUCCAAUGGAGAGGCGUUGCUGUGGUGAUUACUAUCCUGGCAAACGUCAUUUUCUUCACUAUUAUUUUUCUAUCUCUUGAUAACUCUGCCAGAAGAACACCAGAAAAUUCGAUCAAACAUAUACCCUGGCUCGAAUGUCUCGUCAUAGCCGGUGGGGACAGAAAUCGAUGCGUUGCAGAGGCAUCCACCCUCGGACCCAGUGAAGCUGCUAUGUUGGCAGUUUUGAUCCUGCUUUCUCUAAGCGGAUUUUGGACUAUCGUUUUCCUGGGGCACGUUAGUAUGAUUACAGGUUGGUUCAAUUGGAUAAAAGAGAAGUUACGUCCAAACAAGGAAUUCGUCUCCAUGGAUGCUCGCGUGACGGGCACCCAGAGUCGUGCAUAUGAGAUGCUCAGCGCAGAUCGCCAACAGUCCUUAAAAUCGCCAGAACCACUGCUCUCUCGGGCCCGAGACUCCGAUAAUUCUAUCUACACAAUGGGUGAACCUACCUACACGCUUGACGCAACUGCUGAUAAUCUCGCCCGAGAGGCCAAGUAUAACAGCCCGCCACUCAGCUUUUCCACGCCUCGACCACCAAGCGCAUCCCGUGGCUUUUCUCCCCGGGAUUGGGACCCUCGGUCGACAUUUGCUCCAAGCCAAGGUGGCGGGGCGCACUGGUACGAAAACAAAAAUUCACCUUGAGGGCUUGUGCUUCCUGUCCCGCUGGAUGGGCCUCUCUUAAUCCGCGAUAUUCGAGCCUAUUAUGGAACCCACAGCCCUUCUUCCCCAAAUGAAAUGGCGCUUGCGAAUGAUUCGCAUAAUAGAAUGCGCUUUGGGAAUGUACUGUGGGUGUUAUAUUGCUAUAUGUUCAUGCAACCCCGCCGAGCGGUAAACGGAUGUGGCGUUAUGUUGACGCCUCAAAUCACUUGAGUUAUCUUCCUACUUACUUAUAUUCUUGUCGGUCGUUUCUACACCGCUGAACCCAAUACCUUUAUUGUUUCCUUGUACAGAUUAUUGUUUUGAAUACUGUGCCGGCUGCUGAUAUAAUUUUUCUUGUAUUCAUCGUGUUAGCGAUGGGUGGGCGGAAUUGGAUACCUCAACUGGGAUAUACUGGAAUGGAUAGGCGUUUUGCCCCUUUUGGGUUUUGGAAGACAUUGCCGAGCCUUUUCUUUUGUCUUCCCUUCGAACACUAUACUACACUGUUACCUGACGGAUAAUUUCUUCUUCCUUUCUUUCCUUCCUUCCUUUUUUUUUUUUUUCCCCCUCCAAAAUAUGCAUUCCUGGGCGGAGUUGCAAGCGGGGAUGCUUCCAAGGCACCGGGGAACCUGGCCCCAACGGCAUGAUUGGGAUCGCAGUGGAUGAGACGUGAACCUUGGGGCAGAGGCUAGUUCUGAUCUCGUAUUUUACUUGAACAUUGUGUACAUCUAGUUAUAGAUUCACAUCAUAAUAAAU